AUGUAUCUUUUCUCUCUUGUCCAGAGCAAAGUAACAAAGGAUAUGAACAGACAAUGUAAUUGUCAUUUUCAAAAUAGAACGAACUCUGUAUCUAGCACAAGGAAGUCUUUCAGCUACAUUCAAAUUGCCAAGACCCUUUUUUAUCCAAAGGACAAAGAAAAGGCCAGCUAUAUAGCUGAACAACAUUCCCUGAACAAUCCAAUUGUAAAGAACAGCCAUCUACAGAACCGCACUUUCAUUACACUCGCAACUCCAACUUUCGUUUCUCAAUCUCAAUUACAUUUGAAAAAGUAUCAUAUCAGCACCAUGUUCCAAAACUCACACCCAACUCCACCUCCCAAAAUGCCAUCAAAAUUCUACACCAAUCCCGAAUACCAGAACAAAAAAGAACCGGCACAUCGUCGCACAGGUUGCAUCACAUGCGAUGAAGGCUACAUGGAUUAUAUCCCUCCAGCCCGCGAUCCUCAUCUUCUCCGCCAGGAAUUCCGUCGUCGUCCCUUGAAUGCUCCUAACUUAGCACCUUUAUAUAUACCCGGCUCACUUGAACAUAAUGAUAUCGCAUCGCUGCGUCCGCAGGUUCAGCCGGGACAAGAAGAAUAUGCUUUUUUGACAGAUUGGCAACAAAAGGAAUUAGCCAAGGCGAGGGGGAAACAGAGUGGGUUUAGUGUACCCGAGGAGGAUGGGUGGUGGGAAGAAAUCUUCUCGAAAAAAGUUUUCUGGAGGGGAAUGAUACUUUUUGGGUUGAUUUAUUGUUUGGUUGGGAGUGGUCCAAGGAUUGACUAG